GCUUCCUCAAGGACUGGGAGCUCCACGUCCACUUCAAGAUCCAUGGAGCCGGCAAGAAGAACCUGCACGGGGACGGCCUGGCCCUGUGGUACACGCAGGAGCGCCUGGUGCCAGGUCCUGUCUUUGGCAGCAAGGACAACUUCCACGGACUGGCUAUCUUCCUUGAUACAUAUCCCAAUGAUGAAGUGACAGAGCGCGUGUUCCCCUACAUCUCUGCGAUGGUGAACAACGGCUCCCUGACAUACGACCACAGCAAGGACGGGCGCUGGACAGAGCUGGCGGGGUGCACCGCUGACCUUCGGAACCAGAACCACGACACUUUCCUGGCAAUUCGGUACUCCCGAGGCCGCCUGACGGUGAUGACCGAUGUGGAAGACAAGAACGAAUGGAAGAACUGCAUUGACAUUGCAGGGGUGCAGCUGCCAACUGGCUACUUCUUCGGUGCUUCUGCUGGCACUGGAGAUUUGUCAGACAAUCAUGACAUUAUCUCGAUGAAGCUAUUCCAGCUCAUGGUAGAGCAUCCUGUAGAAGAUGAGAGCGUUGACUGGACCAAGAUUGAGCCUAGCGUCAGCCUCCUUAAAUCACCCAAAGACAAUGUGGAUGACCCGACGGGGAAUUUCCGAAGCGGGCCUCUGACGGGCUGGAAGGUGUUCCUGCUCCUCCUCUGUGCGCUGCUGGGCAUUAUCGUCUGUGCCGUGGUGGGAGCUGUGGUCUUCCAGAAACGCCAGGAGCGGAACAAGCGUUUCUACUAG